AUGCUUCCUCACGAAAUUCUGCAGCAUCUCGCAGGCCGCAACGACAUGGAAUCCGAGGCUGAGUUUGCCUCGCGCCUGGAAGGUCGAGAUGGGCAGUUUUCGCUGGAUGCGGUACCUGACUCGAUGCAGGCGGAUACUAUCGCAACGCAGGCGGAGGUCAUGGAGAUGAUCCGUCGAGUUCACCACGGAGUUCAUCCGCGUGGCUCUGCGGGCGCUACUUCCGAGGACGCCGUGGCUCGAGACGAGCGUGACUGGAAUGACCAUCGGCGGGUGUCCGUGAAGGUGUCGGACCUUGAGCGGUACUCAAAGGACGGUUCCGCACACUCUGCAAAGAUGGCGUCGGUAUACCUGCGGAACCGCUCGACCGUCGUGCUUGACGAGACGUAUAGAAUCCCGGCGACUGAUCCAUCCCUGGAGUGGCGCGUGAAGAAUAACUACCUGGACCACAUGGCCUGUAUUCCGGCCAAGCAGGGCCUGGCUGUGUGUCGACGGCCGGUCGGUACGCUUGGGUACAGGUUGACGGUGGACCUGUUGUCCCCUCACCGGGCGCUCAAGUUCACGCACACGCACAUUGACUUUGACCCGUCCGGCCGCUGUGCUUUCUUUGGGACGUAUCAGACGGACCUGCUGUGGUGUGCAUUCGUACCGAACGCCUUCUUUGACGACAACGACAACGAGAGCAGCGACCUAGCGUACGACCGGCCCAACGGCGAUGGCUCAGCCCUUCCGCUGUCGGCAUACGGGAUCAAGGCGGGCGACACACGCCUGUCGCCUACAAGGUUCAAAAUCUGGCAGCUGUUCUGGUGCCACGUCCUCUCUACCAUGCAGUGGCGCGGUGUGUCGGUGAUGCCGCACAUCUGGUGGGGUCUGUCGGAUGAUCUGCGCAAGUGGAGCAUUCGGGACAUGUGCAACAUAUUCGACCAACCGAAGAUUGAACUCACGCACGAGGACGUCGUCCAUAUUGACGACACCUUCGAGGCUGAGUGGCGUACGUUUGUUCAUGAAAUGCCUGCGGCUUGGAAGAAGGACAAGUUCUUCAUCCACCACAAGCCCAUCAUCAUGUCACAACGCUACGGUCAGAACACGCCGAUCGCGGUGGAGAACGCGAUCGACAGGGAGACGCAGCAGUGGCAAGAGGAGCGGGCAUGGGGCGCAAUGAAGUAUGUCUCUAUGGCGGUGGCCACCGAGUUAACGGCUCAUGACGUCCAGCAACACGAGCCGAUACCACCAGAUGACAUCCUGCGUGAGCAUGUAGAAGUGUUCGACACGCCUGUUGUGGAUCGCACUUCGCGCCCAGUUGACCUAUACAACUACCCGCUUGAGGACGAAGAUGGAAACCUACUGCCGUUAUACACUAGGGAGGGGUUUGACGUGCUGCGCACCCAGCCCGUGGACAAUUCCGAUCUCGACGGGCCGGGUUGCGGUAUUCUGCUUGACCUCCGCCGUGUGGACGAGCUCUUUGCGGAUUACGCAGACGACAGCGAGGCCAUGCAGCGGCUCGCUGUACAGGAACACGAGCGUCGCAGGCCCCGAUCUCCAUCAUAUGAGUCCCCAUCGCCGUCACCUGGACCGUCGUCACGAGCGCCCUCGUCACCUCCCGGCUCAUCUUCUCCCAUCCCCAGUGUACACAACAGUCCCAGCCGGCGCCGUUCCAGGGCUUCCCCAUCGCGUUUGUGGCUGGAGGAGGAGGAGGAGGAGGAGGAGAGCGAGAACAGACCACGUCGGCGCCGCCGCGGGGUAUCUCGGUUCAUUGACGACGAGGCUCGUGGUGACGAUGACGAGGAGGGAGCGUCGGACGUUGCAGAGGAACAUGAACUGGGUGCCGACCUGCGAGACGACGCCCCAGACGAGCUGGAGAGGUGCGAACAGAUGACCGUGGAGGAGCUGUCCGCACAUCGGCGGGAAGCCCGCGGUCGAGCCCGAGCCACCUCGCACGGUGACGAGCGCGACGAACCCAGGGCGGCAAGCAGACCACGCGGCUUCAGGACGGCUGAGCAGGACGACGCGCUGAUGGAGGACGAGGUAGAGGCACUGCUCGAUAUGCGUCGCCCAGCGCAGGCCAACAAACGGCUCCGCGUCACUGCGUACCCUCAGGCCUUUCUGGGACAUAUCGGCCAUAUGCAGGCGAACCAGAUGUUCCCGAUUUACGCGCCCUUCAUGGUGGACAUUGACUGCGAGCUGCGAAGGGACGUCCCGCCCCAACCCGAUUUUCACGAGACAUUGGAAGACGGUGCGCACUUCGUCGAACCUGAUCUCGCUGGGAAGGCGGAAUGGAUGGACAAGCAUGGGUUUGACGGUCCGAUCAUCGAAAUGGGAGGCUGCCAGAUCUACAAUGCGAUGUCGCACCGCGCACGUCCUACCGCCGGGCAACAGGAGGUAUGUACAGGCAUGCUCACCCAGGCGGCGACGGGUCCCUGGGCGCCUGGUAAGAGGGCGACCAACCUGCACGCGAAGAUCAUGCACCGCAACAAUAUAGGUCUCCCUCAGGACCGGUUCCGAGCGGCGGUCGUUGACUACGGCGCACCUAAUAUCUCGCUGCGCAUCGAGAACAACUUCACGAUCUUCAUGAGACGCAUGCCGGAGGACAAGCGCACCGGAGCACAUAUCUACCGUGACAUUAUACUAUCGCACAUCCAGUCUACCCUCCAUCCCAUCAUCCUCCAACGCCUUCGGCACCACAUCGUCGUGUUCAAGCCCGAUGUGUUCCCCGCCAUCUAUCACUGGAUGACGUUUCCCGUUCGCGUCGUGUUGGAGAAAAUGUACACGUCGAUGGUUGCAGACCUUCAGCAAGGCCGAAAACAGCCCGCGCUUCAGAUCGAACUGCUCGCGAUGAUGGAGCGCACCCUCGCAUACGCGCAUACUGGGAACGCGGCGGUCAUCUCCGGCUGCAUGGGUCCUCUAUGGCUCAAACGCUCUCUCCUCGAGUUGGGAUUCCCCUGUCUGCACCCCUCCAUGCGUCUCGAUGUGGACAACGAUUUCCCCUUGUCGAUCUCGGUAACCGCGUGGCCGUGUCGUCCGUCUGACAUGACGCCGCUCCUCGCUUCAUCGCGUGCCUUCCAGCUCACUUGGGGUGCCGGCGCCCUCGCAGGAUACACAGCGGCGUUCUCCUUCUCGCUUGCUCGCGUUUUCGGAGGCUCCGACGAAAAGUUCAAGAGAUACGCAGGCAACCCUCACGUUGUAAAGGGCCUGGUGAUCGCGGACAUUGCCAUGGGCGUGCUCAUUGCCGACUGGAAGGACUUUGUGGAGCGCGAGGUCCGUCUGAUGAUGAAGCGCGUGGGCACGCAGGAUAUGGAGGACCUGUCCGAGCUGGAGCACAUCCACUACCACCAGAGAGAGAGCAACCUGAAGCAGUGGAAGGCAUGUGCGCACCCGUUUUCGCACAAAGGGGAGACGGCUACCUUGACACAGUCUGGAGCGAAAGAGUCAAAGAAGAGCAAGAAGACGAAGGACCUGAAGGGCAAGUCCAAGGCGCACAACAUGGUGUUCCCUUUGGCGCUUCUUGUUGCUACUUUGGCUGAGUCUGUAGACGACAUCGCGGACGGGCUCCCUAUGGCCUCGACAACUCGGGCUACUCAAGGAGAAGUGGCCCGGGUGAUGUGCGACUGCGCUCGUGCAAACAAGCCAACGCCCCUGCGCGCUCCUCUCAUCAAGGAUGGCUCGGGCAUCUUCGUGCUGCGCCUCGCACUUGCCGAACUCGCAAAGAACGCACCCACUAGUCUGAUCACCGACACGGAGAUCUACGAUUGGAGCGUCAACAUCUUUGCGCUUGCGCUCGAGGUCAACAUGAUCAUGUUUGUGCCAUGGCAGGCACCAAGUGCGGAGGCCCGAGGACGCCCAAAGACGAAAGCAUCGGUCGACUCCUGGGUCGAGGUCGAUCAUACCGCGAGCCCUGUUUGGGACAGUAUGGCUCUGGUCGCACCACCGGUUGUGCGCACGAUGGAACAACAGUACAAGGACAUCAUCAGCGGCGUCGGUAAACGCAUAGUCGAGGAGGACCCCAAGGGCGAGUGGGAAGCUGCUGCGCUCCCACUGCACGCGUUGUCCAAAUUCAUCUCGACCCGGAAGGUCCUCCCGGUCGAGUUUACGCUCGAAAAUGCGUCGGUGUCAAUGCCUGCGGAGAGCGACCCGUCGGUAAGCAGCAAGCGCUUGGUGUACGAAGUGUACAAAUGGGUGCUCGACAACUACGACCCGUCGAAGGUGCUCCACCAACUCGCGCUGAUGAUAGCGAUUGUGGUCAGUCGUCUGGCUCCUGAGCUUGGGUACAACGGUGCCGCGUUGGAAAAGGUCUUGCGAUUGUCGCCCGGUGGUGUGCCCUCUUCGCAAGGCCUCACAAAGGCUAUUCAGAAUGCGGAUUGGGAGAUUGGAACGCGUUCCACCGGUCACACGAACCGGAUUCCCUAUAUCCCGAUGGUCACCACCUACAUCAUCGCGUUCUUCGACCAACAUAGCCCGGUUCGCCAGCAUCUGCGUGCGAGCGGUAACAAUACCUUGGGCUCCCUGGGGCGUGCUUUCGUGGCAAAACAUACGGUCAAAGGGAUCAACCCCUUCAAUCUCAUCCGUCUAGGGCUGGCAAGGGGGCUUGGGACAGCAGUGCUGAAGGGCGGCAGUUAUGGCGUUGACUGGCGGCCGCUCAGCGAAGACGAGCUGAUUGCCGUUCACGCCGAUCUGUCCUACGUGUUCGAUGAUCUGCAGGGUAUGCAGAGCGGGUACAGUCAAGCUAAGUUUCUGUUUGGGGAACAAUGCGCCGAGCUGCUCGCCCGGAAGGGGGAGAUCAUACGACAUGCCCCACCUCCUAAAGGGCCCAGGGCGGGGCCCGGCGCGGCACACCAGCAACUCAUGUCUGCGGCGGCGUCUGUGGAUCGGCACCCUGCGGGUCCGUCGUUGCGUGGGACCCCUCCACGUCCACACCGAGCGAACAGAAACCCUGCGCUGCCUGCACUACGUUCAACGUCGCGCGCACCCUCGUUCAGUUACAGCGCGGCCCACGAAGAUCCGCCGUUCCUUGCUGAGCAAGCUGAUGACCCGCGUCCGCCUUCGCCUCUCCAGUACACGACUAUGGCCCACGUCACAGCAAGUGCGCACGCAAGUGCUGGGUCGUCCGCCUCCGCCUCAGGGUCGUCCAGGAGUGGUGGGGCUUCUGCGUCUUCAAGCUCCAGUGCGCGGUCGACGUCGAUGCCAUUUGUCACGGUCAACGCCUCCGCCUCCUCUUCUUUGCGCCGGGUGGUCACUUCCCCCGGACGGUUUGCGAGGGAGGCGGGCGCACAUCAAAGGAAGCAGCAACCUCCGGCGCACUUGGUGGCAUCUGCGACGGCGGUGGCAACUACUAACGUGUUCACAUCUAACAUGAGCCCGACCGCCGCCCGCCGUGGAGUCAAGCGCCGUCGCGAGCGUCCGCCUGGUACUGGUCAGUUCCGCAUUGAGAUGUUGCCUCCGCCUGCGGCCAAACGCGCGCGCACAGCCUCCCGCCGUGGGUCUGGCAGCGGUGAGGUGAUUGACAUCUCCGGUGACUGAUUAGUUCGUCUCAUUAUUGUGGACCUGGCGCCGUGUGGACGUACACUCUAAUACCUUACUUGUCUCCAUGCCAUUCUCACCUCGUUGUUCCGUCAUACUGUACCAACCUCAUUAAUGAUGGCUUUGAUGCAAUGGUGACUUGCUGCUGCGUGCAUGGUGCGCGCUCACGGGCAUUAAACCCAGGUCUAGGGUU